AUGGCAACGACUGACGCAGCUUCUUCCUCAGCCUCUGCGUCGCCUCGCGUCGCCGCCGCGGUCUCCGCAAACGGAGUUGACGGCGAGCCUCGUCACGCGUUUGCCUCCUCCGCUCCGCAUGCGGCCUCGCGGUCGGCAGCUUCUUCCGCGCCCGCCGACGCCGGCACGCGCGCACCGUUGCGUCUCCUCGUCUGGUUUCUGUACCACAACGAAUACAACGCCUUUCGGUUUCAGGAGCUGGAGGCCUUAGCGCAAGAGGAGGGAGUGAGCCGUGCGGAGCUGUGGGGCCUAGAUGUUCCAGCCGACGACGCGAGCGGCGGUCAGGCGCUCUGUUGCUGCCCUGCGUCCUCGUCUCCGCCUGCGCCGGCACCCGACGCCGCGCCCGUUUCUUCCUCCCCUCCACCCGCGGGGUCUGCCGCGGCCGCGCUCUCGCCUUCUGCGUGCUCGGCUCUGCAUUGCAAGGCCUCGCAUGGGCAAUUCGCGUACUGCUUUCUCCCCUCUGAGGCUGCCGCCGGGCGGAUUCUGAAGAAAAGCAUCCUUAUACGCGCCUUCAUCGAGGUCUGGGCUGACGAGGAGACGUAUCCUGCGGUGCUUUCGCGGAUGCUGGAGCCGGCGAACGCUGCGCGGUUUCAGUCUUUCAUCAACGACGAGAAGACCUGGGCGUUUCGCGUGAAGGCCUUCGGUCGGUCACUGUCGGUAGACGAACAGCGAGAAAAAAUGGAUUUCUUCGCGUGCCUCUUUAAGGGCACCGAGAAGGUCUCGCUCGAAAACCCCGACGUGACGCUCGCUGUAGCCGAGGAGUGGGUCCACGCCAGCUGCCCGGGAGACACGCCCUCGCAGACGCCCCUGCGAAUUUACUUGGGGCGUGAAAUCGCCUCGCGCCACGCCGAGAAGAACGCGCAGCCCUGGUGGUGGUCGCUGCGCCUGCCGCGGCGUCCCGUCCUGGGCCCGACUUCGCUGGACGUCGAGCUCGCGUUCCUGAUGUGUCACCAGGCGCAGGUUAAGCGCGGCAGCCUGGUGCUCGACCCGUUUGUUGGGACCGGCAGCAUCCUCAUCUCCGCGUCGUACUACGGGGCUCUCUGUGUGGGCUCGGACAUUGACAUCCGCGUGCUGAAGGGAUAUAGCGUCGCGUAUCUCAACCCGCACAUCAAGCACCCGCCUGGCGCAAGCAAGAACGUUUUCCGCAACUUUGACGAGUACGGCUUGCGGCGUCCUGAGAUCCUCAGAUGCGACAACGCGGCCUGGGUUUGGAGGCUGCCGCCUGCGAGCGGCGACGCGUCUGCAGAGAGCGGCGACGGCGCGGCGAACGGCUCGACCGGCGCAGCGUCGCCGAGCACUUUGUUGACCCGUGAGGGAGAUCCCGAAGUGGAAAGAGCCGACACCAAAAUACGUGCCUACCUCGAGAAAACAGCCUGCCACGGCGGCAAGCCCUGGGCAGAUGCCAUCGUCACAGAUCCUCCGUACGGCAUUCGCGCGGGCGCGCGCCAGUCGGGACAUCAGCAGAAGCACAAGCGCGGCCAUGAGCGGACCAACGAGGAGCGCUUGACGUAUAUCUCCCCCACAGUGCUCUACGACCCGCAGACCGUCAUCAGCGACUUGCUCAACCUCGCGGCUCGUCUCCUGGUAGACGGCGGGCGUCUCGUGUUCCUGCUGCCCAUUGAGCUCCGCAACGCGGAGGAAGAGCUCGAGUUGCUGCGGCAUGAAGACCUCGACCUGAUUUCCUGCAGCCUUCAGCCGCUCUCGGGAGGCCUCGGUCGGUAUCUCGUUACUAUGCGCCGCCGUCCCAGGACUGCAGGCCGCUCUUCCUAG